GCACAAAUUUCGACUCGCCAGUUUUGCCAGAUUUCCAGAGAAGUUGAGUUACACGUCAGAAUGGAACCUGUACUGGUGAGUGGACGUGUACUGUGACCUCAACAUUUUGUGUGUAUCAGCUGAUCCCGGAUAUAUGCAGAUAUGGAACGUGUGGUGGAGAUGGCAAAUAACGGUGGUUUCUCUCUCGCCGGUCCUUCCACCACUCCCCGCAAGCGACAGGUGCGAUUCUCCGCCCGCCACGACAUCCUGCUGCUCCGUGAGGUCAUUGCUCAGAACCCAUUCUGCUCCAAGGAGUCGGGUCGUAUCUGGGCCCGUGUCGGGGAGAUCAUCACUGCUGCCCUGCAGGACGAGAGCUUCGAGGUGGACGCCCGGCGUUGCAGGGAGAGGACCAUGCUGCUGCUGGACUACUACAAGAAGCAGGACUUCCCCAGCCUACGCAGGUUUGGGACAGAGAGGCUGUAUGCCCAGAAAGAAGACCUACUCCACGAGGUGUUGGAGCUGGAGGCAGAGAAGGGUCUUCUGGCCAGCGGGGAGAGUAAGUACCAGGAUGAGGAACUCAGGAAACGAGCCCUGGAAGAGCUGGCUAGUCUACCAGAGCAGGACAAACCCAUCAUUAUCUCCACACAAACAGGACAACCCAAAGUCCCCAUGACCCCAGAGCGCCGAGGAGAGCAGGAGGACCUGGCGGAGCUCUCGCUAGUUCCUUGCGGCGGCGCCCAUGGCCAAGCAGCCUUGCCAAUGCUGCUGCCAGACCUACUCAGAGAUCCUCAGCUUCCUGGAGAAGCGCUCGGAGGCGGAACAACGACUGCGGGAGGAGGAGCUAUUGCUGAGGAGGGAGGAGCUAGAGAUCCAGAGGAGUAA